AUGGCCGCUGCAGCUCCCCGACGCAGAAAGAUCAUCGGUCAUCGCCGCCGUGUCGAGGACGAGGGUGACGAGGACGGCGGCCCCGAGGUUCUCGAUCUCGAUGACGACUCGCUGACCGACGGCUCCAUCGCCAGUGGCGAGAACGACCCGGCCGACGACAGCGACACGAGCAACCUCGACGAUGCUUCUUCCCCCACCCUGCCCAACGCUCAGAAGUCGGUAGUAGGGAACGGGUCUGCAAAGCCGGGCCUCCGACGCCAAGCAGAAGGCCCCUCGGGUGGCGAUGCUCCUGCUGCGAAGCAGGCCCUCCCCGCCCUCGCCGAUGCCGAGGCCCUGCUCGGCCGGAUGACCCUCUCCGACAAGGACGACGGGGCGCGGGAGAUGAACUUUGACGAUGUGCUACAAGAGACGGUUGCUAGGGACAAUGCUCCUGUCAUUGUGAGCUCAGACUCGGUGGCGAAACAAGCGCGUGUGGCUCCGCAGGAGCAGAAACGCCGGGAGCACGAAGAGUACAGGCGGAAGCGAGACGAAGACCCGACCUUCGUACCCAACAGAGGGGCUUUCUUCCUGCACGACCACCGACAUGCUGGGCCCGCCGCAAAUGGCUUCCGGCCAUUCCCUCGCGGUUCACGGGGUCGAGGCCGAGGUGCUUUUGGAGGAGGCCCCUUCGCCCCAAUCAACCAGUUGCAGCACGUUUCUGACCCUACGACAAAUGGGCCGUGGGCCCACGACAUGCACGAAGUCAUUGCCGAGCCUGUGUCCCACCACCGGCCUCCUCGCUACCAACCCGACCAUGAAGGGCCGCCCAACGGCAACGGCGUCAUCCAUACUGCGAGUCCGAGCAAGACUGCCAUCAACCGAGCCAUGUCUCUAGACAGGCACACCGGCAACGUCACCAUCCGGGUGUUUAUUCCGCCGACAAUGAAGAUUCCCAAGCUCUUCUCUGGGAUACCUCUUAAGCAGUACACCAAGCUCCCUGACCAUAGGCCGCCCCUCCGCCGGGACAAGCCCGUUCGGGUGAAUCUCCCAUAUCACAAGCAGCCUCUGAUGCCUCGCUACAUUUUCCCGGCGAACGACCGGUCCUUCAUCUUCAUCCCGCGGGCUAUGCGCCCUAACCAGCAGAGGGUCCGGGGUAGGGGCCCCCGAUCUGUUCUGGGAUCGAUAGGUGCCAUGUCCAGGAGGACAAGCGUGUUCGGCGGAAGCAUGUACGGGGGUAGCACGUACUCCCCCAGCAUUGCCAUGAGCCGGCGGUCGUCGAUUGCCGCCCACGACAUGGGACGCGAGUUUCUUAUCUCGCCCGCAGGAUCCACCAUUUCACGCCCUCCUCUGCCCAUGGACAACACCAGGCCCGUCGUCCGCCUGCCGCCGCUCACUCAGCCUCCAGUUGUUGUCAUGCCCGUGGUUCUACAGCCCGAUGUGUCAGAAAAGGCUCUAGCCGAAUCGUCUAUCAACGACUUCCCGCAGCCGCAAACACACCCGCUGCCGCAGAAACCGACUUUCCAGGAGAACAGGCCCACCACGAUCCCCAUGCACCAGCCCCGCCCCCAGAAGACGGUUUCUGUCGAGAACAUCGAGUCCCCCGUCCAGCAAGCAAUGAAUGCCCCGCCGCCAUAUCAGCAAGCUUUCCAUCAGCAGGUCCCACUCCAGGUGUCGAACGGUUUCAUGCAAGACUCACACUCGCGCAACCCAUCGCACCCACAUCAGCUAUCGUCUGGCACACCCCUUUCGCAAAUCCCGGAGCGUGCUAUCCACGCCGCUCCGUUCCAGCCCAAUACGUAUACGCAACCGGGCUUCUACAACCAGCCGUAUCCGAUGAUGCAACCGCAGCAAGGAUUUUAUUAUCCGCAAGCUUUCGGGACCAACAUGGCGCCGAAUGCCAGCGCUCCCGCCUUUAUUCCGAUAGGGCAGCCAGGCCCACCCGUGGCAUACAACCCAUCCGGGCCGGAGGACGUCUCAGUCGGCCAGGCCAAUACCCAAGCGGCUCCUUCCCAAGGCCUUGUAGCCCAGGAGAUGAAUGGAAUGGUCUACUAUUACGAUCCUGCCCAACUUCCUGCCAUGACAGGGUUUCCUCCGUUUCCUGCCGCGCAGCCUUACGCCACUGGCAUGGUCAAUGUGGGUGGUAUGAUGCCACCCAGCCCGGAUACAUUCUACUACCAAACGCCUGCACAGCCUAUGGUCUAUUACUCUCAGUAG